AUGAAUGAUUAUGAAGAAUGUCUUCAGCUUUAUUUAGAAAAUUUAGGUUUUCAGGAUUUUGUUACAGAUGAAAAUGAUGUAAUCGAUUUAGUUGAUCAUGUUAUCUUAAAUAAAGCACAAUUUAAACAAAUUGUUAAAAUUAUUGAUUCUCUUUUCCAAAAAAAUUCGGUUUUGAACAUUGUUAAUCAUAUUAAAACAGAAAAUGAACCUUUAAACAAUUUAUUAGUUGAAAAAUACGAAAAAAUUAUCAAAAAGAAAGAAUUUCGCGAAUCUUCUUUCACAUCAAUUUAUCCAAACUUGGACGAAUAUCCAGAUAAAGUUAGAUUAUUUUCAUGCAUUCGAUUAAGCCAAGAAGCAGCAAAGGAGUUACAAAACUUGCGUGAUAAACUUAAUUAUUAUUAUAAUUAUUAUUACAAACACGAUAAUGAUUUCCACAUUACUGUAUUAGAUUAUUUUGAGAUUCCGAAGUCCGAAAUCAAAAGAAUCCAUGAAACAAUUUUGGAAGCCGCUAAGAAAACACAUCAAUUUGAACUUGAGUUUUCUGAACUCGGAAAGUUCGAUCUUGCACAUCCAGGCGGUCUCUCAGUAAUUCCUUACGGUACAGGAAUACCAAGUUUCAAAAAACUUCAGCACGACUGUCUAGAUGAGUUCAAUAAAGUUUUCAAACAAACCAUUCGUAUUCCUAAACCACAUAUAUCAGUUGCUUUGAAAUAUAAUGGCAACAAAGACACUGCACAAAAUGCAAAAUAUUCUGAUUUUAAAAUUCGAAAAAUAUCUUUCAAAGUUACAAAAUUUGAACUUGUUGUGUCAAAUUACAACACACCACAGAGAUAUUGGACGAUUUAUUCAUAUAAGCUCAAACCAUAG